CUGAUAUCCAAUGCACAUGUAUGAGCAUUGAAACAUAAAGUUUAAUAUCUAUUUGCGACCGUUUCAUGUUUGGAGAAAAGAUGUCCGUUCGUACGUAUAGAGUGAUAGGCGAUGGUGUUUGCGCAGUCGUCGUCCUAAUGUUUGCACUCACAUUAAUGAGCAAGAACGUCCUGGAUCCGUUUCAAAGAGGAUUCUUCUGUGAAGACGCGUCGAUCAAAUAUCCAGUAAAACCAGUUACCACGUCUAAGUGGACCAUAUUUACGAUUACCUUUAUAUUUCCCUUGCUAUUAUUGAUGACGUACGAGAUUAUACUUUAUUAUUGCAAACAUCGGAGAUUCAACAUCCAAAUGAUGUAUAAUGUUUACAACCAGGAAGUCGUGUACAUCUUCGGCUUAUGUUUAUCACUUUCGUUCAACUGCAUGAUUAAACUGAUGAUCGGUAGGUUGAGGCCAACCUUUUACGAAGCCUGUGGUACCGGUAUUGACUGCAAUUCGCCUGACAACAGGUACGUCUACUUGACAAAUUUCACGUGUUCGAUGGCAUCAAAACAGAGAGUGUGGGAGUUACGGCAGUCGUUCCCGUCCUCGAGUUCGACUGCCGUCACUUUGGCCAUGGUUUAUAUCAGCCUGUUUAUCGAAGCGAAACUAGGCUGGAAAGGGAUGCACCUGGCCAAACGCGCCAUACAAAUGCUCUUGAUCUCCAUUGCUAUCUUUAUCGCUAUAACGAAAGUAAGCGAUUACACCAACCAUUGGUCCGAUGUACUCGUUGGUAUGGCUAUCGGCGCUGUUUCUGCUUUUUUCAUGGGAUUCUUCAUGUCGGACAUGUUCGAACCUGAGGAGAGACCGUUGGAUAGUGACAUAUCACUUCGCUGAUUUCUUAAAAUUUAUUGAUUGAAGAUUGUUUACUAGGCACAUCAGGUGUUGAAACUCGAAAACCUAAUUUAAAUU